AUGACGUGGAUGUGGCGUGCAGAGCCAGAUGUCAGAGAAGAGGUGUCAGAGAAGAGGUGUCAGAGGAGAGGCGUCAGAGGAGAGGUGUCAGAGGAGCGGUGUCAGAGGAGAGGUGUCAGAAAAGAGGUGUCAGAAGAGAGAUGUCAGAGAAGAGGUGUCAGAGGAGAGGUGUCAGAGGAGAGGUGUCAGAGAAGAGGUGUCAGAGGAGAGGUGCCAGAGGAGCGGUGUCAGAGGAGAGGUGUCAGAAAAGAGGUGUCAGAGGAGAGAUGUCAGAGAAGAGGUGUCAGAGGAGAGGUGUCAGAGAAGAGGUGUCAGAGGAGAGGUGCCAGAAAAAAGGUGCCAGAGAAAAGGUGUCAGAGGAGAGGUGUCAGAGGAGAGGUGUCAGAGGAGAGGUGUCAGAGAAGAGGUGUCAGAGGAGAGGUGCCAGAGAAAAGGUGCCAGAGAAAAGGUGUCAGAGGAGAGGUGUCAGAGGAGAGGUGUCAGAGGAGAAGUGUCAGAGGAGAGGUGCCAGAGAAAAGGUGUCAGCGGAGAGAUGUCACAGGAGAGGUGUUAGAGAAUAUAGGAUGA